AGGGAAACACAACAAAACAGAAAGCCACCACGGCGGCAACCAGUAACGCAAGCACAGAGAGCGUUAGCAUCGACCCUUAGAUAAAGGUAAAGGUGAAGACGAAGCUGAAGCUGAAGAAGAGGAACGGCAAACCGCCAGUGAUAUUUCGAUGACAGGAGCAGCAGUGCGAGUAGGGUUCUACGACCCAUUUACUGUUUACACUGGUGCUUUCAAAGAACAGUUGGAGUCAACCCAUCUUACAAAUCUGCAUUGGAGAGCGGCUUCGAAUGACCUGUUGAAAUCCAUUGCAGAGCUACCUGUUUCAUUUGUCGAGGAGACGCCUAAGAGCUUUGACAACAGCAUUAGUGGGCCUCUGGUGCUGGACACAGAUGAGUCGAUUGAACUACAGGUAUUGAAUCUCACGUCCAUUCCAUACGUGAGGCUUAUCUUUGUUACCGCGGAGGAUACUGAAUCGUACAGGUCGAAAGUUCGUCCGUUGAUCCAAGAAUGGAAGAAGUCGUGCGUUGAAAAGGCACACGGACCGGUGGAUUGGUAUGUGGUGUACGUUGGUGAUGAGUCGAAGGCAGCCUCAAAGCUGUACGAUAAGCUGAAGACCGAUUUUGAAACUGAAACGGAUAAGAGAUGCUACCGCCUAAAGGUCAACUCGAAUGAGCUCGAGCUUCAAACGAUGAUUUCUCACAAGCUGAAAGAGAGCAUAUUGGCCAUCUUCACUACUAGAUUACAACUGUUGAAUGCGGCACUGCAGAAGAUCAAAUCGAGUGAUCUGAAGAAUGAGUUCAAGUCGUUCGUCGUUGUGAAAGAGGCAAUUGCAUCUCAAUUCUUGGCUAUGAACUUGUAUGAAGAAGCGCUCGAACAGUAUGACCUUCUAAUGUCCUCUCUGGACGAGUAUCAAGAAGAAGUGUAUGGUCCACAAACUUGGGAAUUCAAAUACUUGAAUACCGUUGAAAACUGUAUGAAGAAGGAUGUUUUGUUCGAACCUAACGGUGCUGAUGUAUCUUUGUUUGAAUUGAAAUCGUUCAUAUUUACUAGAAUAUUCAAGGCAUUUGAAGCGCUGGCUGACACAUCACCGUCGCUUUCGUUGGCAUCGAUCCAUAUAGCUGAACUAUUGAGGAGAUUACAAACGUUUUUGGCAGACUGUGCCAAAGACUUCGAAAAUGGCGAAAACUUAUUCCAGGUGCAAGAAUGGGAGUACAAAAUAAUCGAAGAAGUUAUGAGCUUGGACAUGUGCUCAAAACUUUUGCUAAAUGAUGAUCCCGACACGGAUACUUCCCCGUUUACAGAAAGAUCGGGUGAAACUUUGCUCUUGCAAAGAUCACUUUUGCUGAAACUCGGACAAGCUUAUGAUUAUUAUAUCAAUGGAGUACUUACAGACAUAACGCUUUCAGGACCGCAUGAUUCGACAACGCUCAGCUAUCUUCCUCUGAAACCUAUUUUUGAAUCAAAGAAGGAAUUUCAAGAACAGUUUGUUAAAUUCACAGAGGCAGCAAUCAAGUAUUUUAACAUGUGUGAUCGUCCACGGUCAGUUGAUACACUAUCCAUUGACAUUGCCCUGUUGGAUUAUCAGAAUGAAGAGUACGAGAAGGCUGCCGUGGUUUUGUCAACAUGUCCAGAAUUCUAUGGCGGUCAAGGGUGGAAGCUCAUUAGUAUAACGCUUCUGGAAGCAUACAUUGGAUGCCUUGAGAAAAUCGAUGAAUCGUGUGAAUUGUUUUCCGUUGAAGGGCAACCUUCAAGGGAAGACCAACUUCUACAGAGUUUUAUCAACGUCUUAAAACUAGCAAAGGAAAACAAGUUUGCAUUUGCAAAGGGAUUGAUUUCCAAAGCAGUGAACUACAUCGUUUCAUCUACUAAACAUCGGCCGUUGGACUUGAAUGACUUCUUUCCCUUAGAAGCAUCAUCAUAUGUUAGACCUUCGAAAAGUGAUACAUAUGAAUUAUCGGUGACAAUCACGAAUCCCUACCCUGUGGCCAUUCCUCUAACCUCACUGCAACUUGAUGUAGAAAACAUGGAAGGUGAUUUUGUUAGGUUCAACCGUGACAGGAUUGUAUUGGAAACAGGUGUAAACAAUUUGAAGUUGUCUUCAUCUGUGAUCCAAAGUGGUACAUUUACAUUAUCUUUGUUCAGAGCGAAUAUGGGCUUCUGUGAACUCUCGCAUAUCUUUCAAAAAAUUGAGAAAGCUGAAGUUUAUAUCAUCGAAACAACAGAUAUGUUUUCAUUGGCUAUUGAAAACUCUUCUGAGGUUGACCUGGGGUCGAGACCAGUGUCUGUCAUUCUCAAGACAAAUGAAACAAUCGAUAAUAUUCGUCUUCGUGUAUACAGAUCAUCAGAAGCUUUUGAGAUUCAUGAAAAUUGCAAAAUCAAACGAUCAUCUGGUUCCUACAUUGACGAGUUCGAAAUGGAAGAAAACUGCCUUGUUAUCCCCAGAUUAGAGGGACCUGAAGAGUAUGAAAUUAUUAUUCCUUACUCUACAAUCAUAAGUCCAAAGGACACUGUUAUUGAACUAUAUGCAUCUGCUUCAUAUGAAGCUCAAGGAGAAAAGCGUGGUUUCAAAACUAAAGACUUCAUCGAAACUGCCUUGAGCAUUGGAGUAUCUGUCCAGGAUAUAUUCAAAAUCAAUUGUCUCUAUUGUAAGUUUUCGAUUGGUACUUCUAUUCCAGAACAUCCACUUCGAAUCAUAUCUGCAAAUUUGGAGCCCAAUGAACGAUACAGUGUCAGUUCACCUUUGAGUCCUGGUCCUUUAGUUGCAUUUGGUGAGCAACCUGUCAAUUACUUUUGUCAGAUCCGUGAAAAUGAGGACAAUACUACUGAAUCCAGUAGAUAUUUAAAGUUGAAAGUGCAUUACAGAGAACUAAAGAGUGAGGCCAAACAGUUCUGGAAAUACCAUCUAUUCAAAGAAUUGAGGAAAUGCUCCUUGGACCAAUAUCUUCCACUGUUACUCAAGUGUUCUGAAACUCUGGACGUUGAUUAUAAUGAAUUUAUUUACAACAAGGUUCUAUGUACCAAUACUCCAAACGACUACCAUCAAAGAUAUUUCAAAGCUAUUCCUCCAGAGGAUCGUCUCAAAGUGUUUGAAAUCUUUUCAACAAACUUGAAUUCAAAGAUUAAAGUUGAAAAUGAUUUCCACUACAAGGAGAACCAGCUUGUCAUCAACGUUUUGAUUCCAGUAUCUGAAGUUGUGCACAAUGUGGAAAUAAAACUUCACGAUGAUACCAACUGCGUUGUCAUUGGACAGACUUUAUCCGCAUCGUUGCGGGUCACGUCUGUUGUCAAGGCCAAUGAUAAGAAACUUGAAUCUAAUGGUAAAAAACGGGUCCAAUUCCACGGUGAACAAUUUGCACUCAACAAGUUCUCUGUUGAAUUGGCGAAUGCCCAAGACAACUGGCUGGUCAAUGGUAAGACACGGUUUGUGAUUGAACUGGACAAAUCUUCAAAGGGUGUCUAUGAAUUCCCAGAGGUGAAUAUUACAUUGAUUCCUUUGAAAGUAGGCAGACUUCCACUACCUAGGGUUAAGGUUGAAGGUAUCAACUCCAGUAACAAGAGCGAAGCCCUGAUGGAGGUGGACUACAAGAAUGAGAGUGAAACUAUCUAUGUUAUCUCUGAAAAUGAUGUAUAAGUUCUGAGAGUUCUUCUAUUGUAUAGACUCUACACUAAAUGAUUUUAUGCCCAUUAACAAAGAAGAUGCUUCAGGCUUUUCCGAGACAAGGUUUGGUUUGAUUCCAUUGUCUAAGAGGUAGGUUUCUGUUGUUGGACCGAUAGAUGCAAUUUUGAAAGCGUCUCGAAGAGGAGACACCUUCAGGAACUCAACGAUAUCCUGGGUACCUUGAGGACUGAAGAAGAUUAUCCAUUUAGGAUGGAGCUGGUUGAACGCCUGUGUAAACCUUUCCACGAUUUGUGGUUUUUCAACUGUUCUGUAGAUAACAACUUCUUUCAAGUUGUAACCCUUUGAAAGCAAUUUACGUGGGAUAAUAUCACGCCUCGUCUCACCUGUGAAGAACGUCACCUUUUGAUGUGGUUCCAAGUCUUUGAGGAUGAUCUCUGAUAGGAUCGCACCGUUACCAGCGUU